UAAUGGCAAACUUCCUUGGCGCACUGCGGCUCAUAACUUGGUUGCAUUUCUUCGUGUUUGCUUCUAGUUCUCCUCUGCUAGGAGUCAAGAAGAAGGACUUUGAAGGAAAAGAUGGACAGUUUCAUGCUUUUGUAAACAACUCGUUAGCUCUAGAGAAAGGAGGAUGAAUUGCUAUGUAUUUACAAGGAUGGUAAGAGACCAUACCAACUGACUGAUGGUAAACUGAGAAGACGACUGAGGAAAGCACUAGAUGAACAGAAGUAUGCUGUUCUGUUUGCUGAGGGCGCAGUGAGACCAGAAACCAUCAAGUUGUGUUUCAUCAGUUCAGAAGGAGCAGGAAAGAUGACACUCAUGGAGGCUCUCAAACGAGGGUGGUUCAGACGAAUUUUCACAAAUGAGAAUCAAGCAGACAACCCGGAUUGUGAAGAGGAACGCACGAUUGGUAUCAACAUGAUGACAGCCCUUAUUCCAGGAGUGGGUCUUGUCUCACUGUGGGACCACACAGGUCAAAAGCAGUUCCACAAAACCCACGGCCUUUUCUUCUCUCCAUCCAACUCGUUCUUCAUCUUGCUAGUGAGUCUAGUGAGAGGAAAGGAGAGACGACGGUGCAGCGAUGAGGAGUUGUGAGAUGAGCUUCAGUACUGGCUCUCAUUUUCAGAUCCAGUUUGGAUGGAGGUUUUGUACCCACAGUGUUGAUAAUGGCCAGUCGAGGAGAUUAUUAUCGUGAUGGUCAGCGUGUGUUGCAGCGUGUGGUCGACUACAUUCGUGAGCUGUUCAAAGGCAAGAUCAACAUCAUUCAAGAAUGUUUGGUUAUCGACUGCAGGCAGAGCAAACCUCCUGAAAUGAACCAACUGACAAAGUUGUUACGUGGCAUUAAGCAGCAACUUGAGGAGUCUGCUCCUCUGUAUCCUCGUCUUUGUCAGCCAGUCGAGUCCAAGUUACUUCGUUCCCUUCGGAACAAACAAGAAUAUCCAUUCAUAGAGACGGCAACACUCAUGGAGAGGAUUGAGCAGGAAGCAUGUCCGGGACAAGAGAAGAAGGUUGUAGAGAAGGUAGUUGGUUUUCUGGAUGAAUCAGGAGAGAUUGCUGUUGUUGGUGAUGUGGCCGCUCUCAAUCCUGCUUGUCUACAUCAAUAUGCCAUCGAUCCUAUUGUUGCAUCUGAGGAUUUCAAGUGGCAUGUCAGGUCAGAGAGAAUUGAUGGCACAGUAACAAAAGAAGAAGCAAAAACGGCAAUCGAUCAUUACUUGAGAGAUCACAAGAUUGCUAUUCAACUCUACACAGAUAAAGUUCUCCCUAUCACAAAUCUCUUGGUGUCUGCUUCAAAGUCGAAGGCAGAGAUGACAAGUACAUGUUUCCAGCUCUCUUGCCUCCUAAGGAUCUGUCUGUCAUGUGGGAGAAAGAUGAGAGUAAGAAAGUGUAUGUCGGUCGACGUCAAGUGUGCAGCAGUCAGACGACCAUCUUCAGUCCAUCUACAUUCUGCAUGUUUCAAUCUAAAGUUUGCACAACACUAGAUCCAACGGCAAGGCUGUGGAGGGAUGGACUGAUCUUAUCACAAGGCAGUACAGUUCAUAAUCUCAUUGAGUGUUUGGUGGCCAUGAUAGAUUCUGUUUGUUCUGUUGACUUUGUGUGUUAUGGAGGCAAACAAACCGAAGCAGAAUGUGUUUUACUGCUGGACACUGUCAUGUCGCUUUGGACAGAUAUGUUAGACAGCUCCAGUCCGGGCACUGAAUAUCAGACUGAAUAUCUGAGCAGAAAGCAUUUGGAGGAACACAAAGAACUGAAAUAAGUCACUACCUACUCUGAGGAGAAAAUCAAGGAAGCAAAAGCAAAGGAAGAAGGAGCAUAUGCUGCUGUCAAACAAACAGUUGGUGAUAAGGUGAUGGUAGAAAGUCUUGGUGACCUGCUGAUCGUAUCCAGCAGACCAGUGACUGGACAGUGCAAUGUGACUUUGACGGCCGAUAUGAAAAUAGAUGUUUUAAGGGAAUUGGGGCUAGAAGAAGCUUCUCACUUGAGAUUUACAUUUCAACAAGCACAUGACAUGUUUUGUGUGUAAGAAACAUGCCCGAUUUCAAGUCCAUAAGAGAUGCUGUUGUUAAGCACUGCAGUAGCCAGUGGUAUGAGAUUGGGUUGACCAUAUUGAGACUCAACAGUAUGAGAUCAGAAGACAGAACAUUUGAUAUACCGUAUUCUACUGGCAAAUUGCUUGCUCUCAUUGAAGCACGAAGGACUAAAGAUGGAGGAAGGAAGACGGCAGAGGACUUGUUGAGGAUGUGUUAUGAGAUAUCUACACCAGUAUGUGAAGAAAUGAAAGUUGAAUUUAAGAGCAAACAGACAUAAAAGACGAUUAUUGCCUCUCACACAACCUCCUGUAGGUACUCUGCUAGGAUGACGACGUUUUGCUCUAGAAACAAUUUAUUGUAUUGAUUCAAUCAUUAUGUUGAACACUUUAGAGUAUUGUUACACAUUUUGUCAAUUGUGUGAGAUUGAUCAGUUGAACGAUUGUUUGUCUUCCCUCAGCAAAUUGUAACAAGUAGGUAAUACACGUGGUUAUGCUCAAGUUGUAUCAACUUACCAUCAGGACAGACUGGCAAAUGAAUGAUAAUUUGAGUUUUACUUUC